GUGUUAAACACUCAGCCCCCGAUCUGCUACAGCCACUGAAGCAGGAGGGAGAAGGGAUUUAACCCUUCCCAGCUGGCAGAGGAGCGCUAGCUCAGGCACAAGAGAAAAGGGUGGGAGGAGAGCUGAGCCUGGCUGCCCACAGCUUCUCUAGUUGAAUGAUUUCAGUUAGGGCACCGCACCCUAUCUAGGGUUCCGACCUCUCAUUUAGCUGUGUUUCAAGGAACCCAGCAGAGCAGAUGCAACGUAAUCAGUCUGUGGUCACUGAAGAGUUAAAGAGCUGCUUAAAUCUUCUCUUUAGAAAAAUAGGAAACCCAAGGGGUGGAGACCACUAGCUAAAGGAAACGUUUAAAGCCAACUUGGUUUUGUUAUGCAAGUUGAGAGUUUCUUCUGGGGCAGCAGAGAUGCGGAGCGCAGGCAAUGCAUUGGCUUCAGAGACUGAAUCCUUUCUGAGCAAGGGCUGUGGUAUCUGAGGUUACCCAGGGAGUAUCAGACACUGGAGGCUCCACCUCGAAGAUACUGCCACAAGGGUGGCCGGUGAGGUUUCUACUUGACUUCACCCUCUGGUGGGUGGCUGGAGAAGUGCCAUUCAGCCUGGAACCAUGGAGUCUACCAGCAGCCGCCAGAAGAAAGUCUUCAAUGACUCAGUCAGCGAUUAUGUCCACUCUGAAAUCAUUAAGAAACAUUACAACUACACAGGGAAGUUAAAUGAGAAGGCAGACAGUGGAAUAAAAGUGACCUCAGUGGUUUUUAUCAUCAUUUGUUGCUUUAUCAUCUUAGAAAACAUUUUUGUCCUGCUGACCAUCUGGAAAACCAAGAAGUUUCACCGACCCAUGUACUAUUUCAUUGGGAAUUUGGCUCUCUCAGACUUGCUGGCUGGGGUGGCUUAUAUUGCCAACAUUUUGUUAUCAGGACACAAAACUUACAGUCUUACCCCUGCCCAGUGGUUUGUCAGGGAAGGCAGCAUGUUUGUAGCUUUGUCAGCCUCUGUUUUCAGCCUGCUGGCCAUUGCCAUUGAGAGGUAUAUCACCAUGCUGAAGAUGAAACUCCACAAUGGGAGCAACAGCUUCCGCUCCUUCCUACUGAUCAGUGCCUGCUGGGUGAUAUCCAUGAUCCUAGGGGGGCUCCCUAUUAUGGGCUGGAACUGCCUCGACGGUCUGCAGAGUUGCUCCACUGUGCUGCCCCUCUACCAUAAGCAUUAUAUUCUCUUUUGCACCACAGUUUUCACUGGUCUGUUAUUAUCCAUUGUUGUCCUCUACUGCCGGAUCUAUUCCAUGGUCAGGACUAGGAGCCGCAGGCUGACAUUUCGAAAAAACAUUACCAAAGCCACGAGGAGCUCAGAGAAAUCUCUAGCCUUGCUCAAGACAGUGAUCAUUGUCCUGAGCGCAUUUAUUGCCUGCUGGAGUCCCUUGUUCAUCCUACUCUUGCUGGAUGUCGGGUGCAAAGUGAAGGCCUGUUCAAUCCUCUUCAAAGCUGAGUAUUUCUUAGUACUGGCUGUGCUCAAUUCAGCCACGAACCCUAUCAUCUAUACGUUAACCAACAAAGAGAUGCGGAGGGCCUUCAUCAAGAUCCUGUGCUGUUGCAAAUGCCCCUCUGCAGAUUCUGGGGCCAAAUUCAAGAGGCCAAUCAUAGGAGGGAUGGAGUUCAGUCGAAGCAAAUCUGACAAUUCCUCCCACCCACAGAAGGAUGAGGGUGACUGCCCGGAGACAAUCAUGUCUUCAGGCAAUGUCACCUCGUCUUCUUAGAAGUAUCCAUUGGAGGCAUAUUUUAAAGCCUCCCCUUUGAAACCUGACAGACAAGAAGCUACCUGCUCACUGUAGCAACUCCAGAGAGAUGGCCUAAGUGAGCAAGAUAGCAUUAGUUCUGAAGAGGCAAGCAGGGCACUUGCAAGGGUGGAGUUCAGGAAGUGGGACAGACUGUUCUGGCUUGAAAACAUUUCCCUCUGGAGCAUGUUUUGUCUUUGCACUGAGGCAGACUCAGGAUUGCCAGGCGUAUUCAUAACUUGGAAAGACUGAUGCCUUGGUGAAAUGGUGCCGUGUGUGCGUGCGAGUGUGUGCAUAACUGAGAAGCAGAAGGAUGAGGGUGGGAGAAUGAAUUGUUUUUUUUCUUUGUGAAGAAUGUGAAGUUAUUAUUUCUUUACUUGCAGAAAAAGCCCUGACACAAAAGAUCUUUCUGUACCAAGUUUAGGGAUGGCUCUACUGGGUCACAAGUGUUUGCCAUUUGGCAAGUAGCAGGAAGGAGAUCACACCAAUGUAAUCUAGAUCACUAACAACCACAGGUUGGCAUCACUUUCCUGAGUUUUUAGAUGUAAUAAGAUUUCAUCUGUGGCGUCCAAAGCAUUUCUUUAGCAAGAUCAGUUCUGUGAAGUUGUGCUGAAAAUCCAUAUUACUUUUAAGAUCAUGAGCCAGACUCUGUAUUAGACUGCAUUCAUAUAACCCCAAAGAAGCCACUAGGAUUCCAUGAUAGGAGCUCAAAAUAGCAUUUGGCCCCACAUAUCUAUUGAUUUGUUACGUUGAGUAUGAAAUAAAUUACAUGACCAUAAUACUUACAGGAUAAAACUACAGUUAAAGA